AUGUGGAGCUCCUCUUCGGUAAGGCUGUGGUCUGUGUUCCCUGCCUCUCCCCCCUCUCUCCAGUCUCCCCCAUCUCCCCCCUCUCUCCCUUCUCUCCCCUCUCCCCCUCUCCCCCUCCCCCCCUCUCCCCUCUCUCCCCUCUCCCCCCUCCCCCUCUCCCUUCUCCCCCCUCUCUCCCUCUCCCCCUUCUCCCCCCUCUCCCCCUCUCCCAGUCUCUCCCUUCUCCCCCCUCUCUCUCCUCUCCCACCUGUCUCCCCUCUCUCCCGUCUCCCUCCUUUCCCUUCCGACCUCCCUCUCUGCUCUGUCCCCCCUCUCCCCCUUCUCUCCCCUCUCCCCCUUCUCUCCCCUCUCUCCCUUCUCUCCCCCCCUCUCCCCCUUCUCCCCCCUCUCUCCCUUCUCUCCCCUCUCUCCCUUCUCUCCCCUCUCCCCCUUCUCCCCCCUCUCUCCCUUCUCUCCCCCUCUCCCCCCGGACUGCCCAGUGCCAAAGUCGCGCUCUUCUCCGACAUCUCCCGCAGCGACCUUCCAGCAACAAGUGUCAUAAUCCCGGGUGUGGACCAGCCCGGAGACCGCAGUCCUCCUCCAGGUUCGGACCAGCCCGGAGACCGCAGUCCUCCUCCAGGUGUGGACCAGCCCGGAGACCGCAGUCCUCCUCCAGGUGUGGACCAGCCCGGAGACCGCAGUCCUCCUCCAGGUGUGGACCAGCCCGGAGACCGCAGUCCUCCUCCAGGUUCGGACCAGCCCGGAGACCGCAGUCCUCCUCCAGGUGUGGACCAGCCCGGAGACCGCAGUCCUCCUCCAGGUGUGGACCAGCCCGGAGACCGCAGUCCUCCUCCAGGUGUGGACCAGCCCGGAGACCGCAGUCCUCCUCCAGGUGUGGACCAGCCCGGAGACCGCAGUCCUCCUCCAGGUUCGGACCAGCCCGGAGACCGCAGUCCUCCUCCAGGUUCGGACCAGCAUGGUAACUUUACGCACGCGUCAUGA